AAUGUCUUCAGAUUGUACGUCACUGUGGAAUUUGACUAGAAAUUUUCAAAGCAAACAUCUGAAGGAACUGAGCAAAACUGUUUCAUGCUCAUGCAUUAUGCUUAUCUUACUGAGUUGUUUUUACUGGCAAACAGAGUCAUGGUUGGUCUACCUACUGCAGAGAGCAGAGAAAUGAUCUUGAGAACCCUUCUGUGUAAAGAAAAAGUCGAAGGCCUAGAUUUCAAGGAGCUUGCAACCAUGACUGAAGGAUAUAGCGGAAGCGAUCUCAAGAAUUUGUGUGUAACAGCGGCUUAUCGACCAGUUAGAGAGCUGAUACAACAAGAAAGACAGAAGGAUAUGGAAAAGAAGCAAAAAGAUGAGGAAGGGCAGAGCUCCCGAGAUGAUUCUGCCCCAAAAGAAGAAACUAAAGAGGAAAGGGUAAUUACUCUUAGGCCCUUAAACAUGGAGGACAUGAGGCAGGCAAAGAACCAGGUUUCUGCCAGUUUCGCUUCUGAGGGGUCCGUGAUGAGCGAAUUAGAGCAAUGGAAUAAUAUAUAUGGAGAAGGAGGUUCAAGAAAGAAACAGCAGUUGUCUUACUUCUUGUAGAGACUGUCAUCAGCACCAUUCUGCAAAAAAUCUACUACAAAGCUCGGGCAAGAAACCCAUCAUUUCGGGACAGCAUUACCAGUUGCCUUUGGUUUGGUUUUGGUCUUCCCAAGGAAGAAUCCUCUCCAUCCCCUCCAUACCUUGCAUCAGUUGGCAAGAUAUGAUUGCAUUGAAGAUUAUAAGAUUACAAGAUUAUUGUUUGGACAAACUUGUACCCCCAGCCUGCAGAUUGUUACUAUUCUACAUCCAUUGUUUCAGAAAACAAUUGAAAUGUGCUUAUUUAACAUUGUGUUUCCAAUCCAUAUUAAAAUUCCAUUUCGUCAAUUGACGUGUAAAAUUUAAGAAUCAGUUGUAGUCUAA